AUGGUAAAUCGUACGCGAAUCGACAAUCUGUUAAUGGACAACGAAGGUCCUGAGUAUUAUCUGAUCCCAAUGAUGGCCAUCGACAACGUAUUUUCUGGAGACAAUAUUGUCAUAUGUCAAAUAAACGUGGAGGGAUCAGCCAUACACACGACACUCUCGUCAGUAAAAUCAAAGGUGCGUCUCUACUUAUGA